AUAACUAUAUGAAAACAUUUUCAUUUUCGAAUGGAGAUGAAUUUAAUGAAUCAUUUGGAGGUUUAGGCCGAUCUUUAGAUUUUGCUCAAAAUUUUCAACCUUUACAAUGUUCGUACGAUUAUAAUCUAAACGAAAGCUUAAAUGUUCCUAUAGUCACAGAUAAUAUUUUUUUUGACCUAGAACAAUGUUUCAAUCUUAUAGAAAACAAUGAACCUAUUUAUUAUGAAACCUAA